AAUGUGAACUCCAGCCUGUGGGUCUGAGCGUGUUGGACGGGUCGUUACGGUUCAGUGUUACAGUAAAUAAUGGCGUGUUUUAACAGUCGCUGCGCUGCUUCACUGAGGAAGGAAUCUUUAAUAUUCAGCUUAAAUGGAUAAUAAACAACAAAUUUCACACCAAAAAACGAUGAGGCCUAACGGGGGAGAGGCUGAGGGAAAAAUGACGAGUCGGACGUGAGGAAUUCAGCACCAGCAGGAAUGUCCUCACACCUCCAGGCGUUCUCCUCCCCUUCGGUGUCCUCCAGUGGCAUCUCCCGCUCCAAGAAGCUCAAGCAGGAGAGCCAUGCAUGGGACGUGAGCAGCCAGUCGGCCGGCGAGAGCCGGGACUUCCUGCAGAGCCCCGGCCAGGCUACCGGUUCCUCUCCCUCGGCCUCGGGGUUCAGCGCCGGCUAUGGCUCGUCCGGCCUGGUCUUUCCCCCGUCCGGAGGCUCCCGGGAGCAGACGGUGGUCCGCGCCGCAGACAGCACCGGAAGUGCACCGGGACCUAUGUCCUCCUCGUCUUCCUCCUCGGCGUCCAGCCGCUGGGGGAAAGACGGGGCGUCGGCCUCGCAGUCCGGCGACGGCUACCAUAAGCAGGGCGGCAGUUUGAAGAGAAAGAGCGAGGAAAUGGACAGCAGCGACAGCGUCCAGAUCCUGGAGGAGCUCUCGGCCCCGGUGCUCUCCAACAGAGUGGCCGGAGGCGGCGGCACCACCACGGCUCAGUCCAUCGCUCAUUCCACCUCCACCACCAAGAGCAGCAACUCCCACAGCGAGGGAGACUACCAGCUGGUGCAGCACGAAAUCCUCUGCUCCGUCUCCAACAGCUACGAGGUGUUGGAGUUCCUUGGGCGCGGCACCUUCGGCCAGGUGGCCAAGUGCUGGAAACGCGGCACCAACGAGAUAGUGGCCAUCAAGAUUCUCAAAAAUCACCCCUCUUAUGCUCGACAGGGGCAAAUCGAGGUGAGCAUCCUGAGUCGUCUGAGCACAGAGAACGCUGAUGAGUUUAACUUCGUGCGCUCGUACGAGUGCUUCCAGCACAAGAACCACACGUGCCUGGUGUUCGAGAUGCUGGAGCAGAACCUCUACGAUUUCCUGAAGCACAGUAAGUUCAGCCCGCUGAUGCUGAAGUGUAUCCGGCCCGUGCUGCAGCAGGUAGCCACUGCGCUCCUGAAGCUGAAGAGCCUCGGCCUGAUCCACGCCGACCUCAAACCUGAGAACAUCAUGCUGGUGGAUCCCAUCAGACAGCCCUACAGAGUCAAGGUCAUCGACUUCGGCUCGGCCAGCCACGUCUCCAAAGCUGUGUGCUCCACCUACCUGCAGUCCAGAUACUACAGAGCUCCUGAGAUUAUCCUGGGGCUGCCGUUCUGUGAGGCUAUUGAUAUGUGGUCUCUGGGCUGCGUUAUUGCUGAGCUGUUCCUGGGCUGGCCGCUGUAUCCUGGAGCUUCAGAAUACGAUCAGAUCCGUUACAUCUCUCAGACUCAGGGUCUCCCAGCAGAGUAUCUCCUGAGCGCCGGAACCAAAACCAGCCGCUUCUUCCACAGAGGCCCCGACGCCAGUUACCCACUGUGGAGACUCAGGACACCAGCAGAGCAUGAGGCGGAGCUCGGCAUCAAGUCCAAAGAGGCUCGGAAAUACAUUUUUAACUGUCUUGAUGACAUGAUGCAGGUCAAUAUGACUAAUCUGGAAGGUACAGACAUCCUGGCAGAGAAGGCCGACCGCCGGGAGUUUAUUGAUCUGCUGAAGAAGAUGCUCACGCUGGAUGCUGAUAAAAGAAUCACGCCGAUGAAAACUCUGAACCACCCGUUCGUGACCAUGACCCACCUCCUGCACUUCCCUCACAGCGCACAUGUGAAGUCCUGCUUCCAGAACAUGGAGAUCUGUAAGCGCAGGUGUACAGCGUUCGACAAUAACAAGAACCUGUUCAGCAGUAAUAACGGACCCGGCGCUGCCACUAACCUCACUGUGACCUUCAGCAGCCAGCUCAGCCAGCACAGUCAGAUGGCUCCAUCUGGUGGUCAGUCUCUGUCUCUAAGCAGUAAUGUUCCACUUCUGAACUACCAGCCGGGUCUGUACCAGCAGGCCACCAUCAACAUCCCAGGCCUUACCCAGCAGAGCGUUCCCCUGCAGACCCGUCCCUCACAGCUCUGCACCCAAACCGAACCCUUCCAGCAGACCCUCAUCGUCUGUCCCCCCACUAUACAAGCAGGGCUUCAACCCUCCAAUAAACACUCAAGUUACCCAGUGAGGAUGGACAACUCCGUCCCUAUGGUCCCUCAAAACCAGUCCGCUCAGUCUCUGCACAUUCAGCCCGGCAUGCUGACACAGGGCUCCUGCACGCCGCUGAUGGUUGCCGCCCUGCACCCUCCCGUGGCAGGAGUGGCACCGCUGUACCCGGUGCCCCUGGCACUGGGCUGCUCAUCCGGGAGAGGCGGGCAUCUGGAGCAGAGUGGCACGGCCACCAUGCUGCAGGGCUGGCCUGCAGGCACACAGCAGAUCCUCAUCCCGUCUACGUGGCAGCAGAUGCCUGGCAUGGCCAUCCACGGUACCGGUCAGCCCGUCAUCAUCGACUCUCCUAUGGGUUCCCUGCUGCCUGACGGCAUGAGCCAGUCCAGCUCCAACUGGAGGGGUCGCCAUGGCAGCCAGUGUGACGUUACCCAGUCGGAUUCUGCACAGGGAUGCCACGUCACAACCCAGCCUCUCAACAUGGGGACGGUCGGGGGUCGAGGUCAGCAGGGCGGAGUCAAGAGAUCCAAAGGUCGCCACGCUGAGAACAGAGCCAGGCCCGUCUCCUCUGGAGUGCAGAACAGCGGCAAUCCGUCUCAACCCAUCGUCAUUUCAGACACUCCCAGUCCUGCUGUGAGCAUCAUCACCAUCCCCAGCGACACCGAGGACGAGGAUGACACCAAGGUCUCGCCAACCAGUGUGAACCAGCGGGCGAAUGUCAUCAGCUGUGUGACAGUCCACGACUCCCAGGACUCGGACUCGUCUACCUGCAGCCCCCUCAGCCCCAAACGUCUGCCCAACUUCGUGGAGAGCAGCGCUCCCCUCUCCAAGUCUCUGGCUGUGGUGAUGCCCUCAGUGAAGGCCCAGCCCUGGGAGGGAGCAGCACCAGAGCAAAUCUCACAUGUUUCUGGAAAAUCGAAGAAGAGCUCGGCUCUUCAGUCGACCAAGUCCGGAGUGUCGAGCGAGAGGCAUCAGAGAGCGGCGUCCACCAAAUCUCAGCCCCUCAACCUGAGCCAGAUGCAGCAGUCCGUGAUGUCAUCAUCCCACGACAGGUCAGGAGGCGGGUCCCUCAGGCGUCAGCCCACCUAUCCCCCGCCAAGCUCCUCCCACUCCUACAGGCUGCAUGAGGCUUCUCUCUUUAGCUCCACCCCCAACCUGUACGCUUACCCCGCCUCCGCAGCGCUGGCAUCCGUCUCACAGGCCGUGGAUCAGCUGCACCACUCCACCAGCUCCGCCUCUUCCUCCGCAGGCACCGCCUCCUCCGGCCGCCACAACCGCGCCCCCGGCCCUUACUCCGCCUCCCUCAGCCUCCUGCAGAAGAGCAACGCCAUGGGUCUGAUGAGCCAGGCCUCCUGCCCCUAUCAGCAGCCGCCACAGCAACAGUUACCCGGGCAACCGUACCAGCGACCGGCGGCGUACCCGCUUAACCAGAGGAAGCUCAACCAGUACCCGUACCUCUGAACCAAUCAGCCUGGAGGAGAAGCAGACGUGGGAUCAGAGGAUAAACUUGAUUUUAGCACUUAAUUAUUGUUUUUUAUGUACUUUAUGUAACAAAAGGCUUUUAAAGUUUUUAAAGUAGUAAUAUUUACUUUACAUCAGUGGUUCCCAACCAUGCUGAGGAAGAUAAUUCAAACAGUUUCUAACAUGAAUUACGGAUCAUGAAUUGAUCAACUCUUGGCAGGGCUCAUAUGAUCAUGAAAAACCUGGAUAAAAAAAAUAAUGGAAUUUAAAAAUAGCAAUUUCCAGGCCUGGAUAAGUUUUGGAAAAAUAAAAAAAAUACCCAAAUAGUUUUGGAAAAAGUCAUGAAAAUUUGGUCUACAAUCAUCGAUCCUUUGUGUUUCCGUUUAUCGAUGAAGAAAAUCUAUUUUGAGCUUAAAAAUAAAUAAAUAAAUACAUCAGCUCAGAGUUAAUUCAAACAGUGGAGCUCUCAGGAUCUGACACACAUUUUAUUAUUAAAAGCUUAUCUGUCAAAAUUAUUAGAUUAAUUAGAUUCAUUUUAGACCUACUAUAAUCAAUUUUAAUGAUAGUUUUAGUUGAUUUUUAGUUGGUUUUAUUGUCCAUGUCCUCUCUGCACUGAUGUUUUAAAAAUGGAAAUAUCAUGGAAAUGUAUUGGUUAAAAAAAAAAAAAAAAAGAAGUGUGUAUGAUCCCUGCCCUGGGCCUUUAAAGGAGAACUCCGGUGUAAAAUGGUCUUUUAGUGUAGUAAAACAUGGUAAAGAGUACUAACUUUUGUUGAAAAGCUCACCUUGAGAUCCAGUAAUUUUUACAGAUUGUCCAAACAUGCUUUAAAUGAAGCCUUGUUUUAAAUGUCAGAGCUCUCCGGAUUCUAUCAGUCAGGUGUGGAGCUACUUUGAGCUGGAUAACGGUUGUGCCCCGUUUCAUACAUUUUUAAAGCAUGUUUGGACAAACUGUAAAAAAAUAAAAUAAAAUACUGGAGGACUAUUGAACAAAUGCAACUACUUUUUUUUUAUCAUGUUUAUUAAGUCCAUUUUACACCGGAGUUCUCCUUUAAUUGAUGUUUUCUAGCUUCUGUAUCUGUUAUGCUUGGUUGGGAUAUUCUAAAACAGCUUCUGUAUUAAUGUUUUAGAUUUGAUUUAUUUAUUUAAAUAACAAGGACACAAAUACACAUUAAUAAACGUCAUUAUUUCAUAAUGUAAAUGUGCCAGAUUUAGCCAGAUGGCUAAUUUUUAUCUGCGAUUAAAACGUGAAUAUUUGAUUUUACAUUUACCAAAAAAAUGACUCAAAUGCCAAUUUUUAAAUUGAGUUUUAGUGAGUAUGUAGUAAGUGAAUUCAGAAUCAUGGUUGGGAACCAGUGUAUAAAAUCCUAUUAAUCAUAAAUUUAUCUUAUGUCCAGAGUUGAUGUUGUCUAACAACUAGCUUCCUGUUUACAUUUGUCGUACUUUAAGAGUUUUAUGGAAGGUGUGACUGUAUAUUAAAUAUAAGUAAUAAGUGGUUAUUUAGCGCUUUUAGUGGCAGUAGGUGUUUAAAACACACAAACACAAUAAACACUCAUAUCUGAUUUAAUGUCCUCGAGCUCUUAAUGAACUGAUGUAGGGUUUUAACUUCUAACUUUAGAUUUAUUUAAAGAUUUAAAGGAGAACUCUGGUGUGAAAUAGAUUUUGGGUGUAUUUAUUAAAACAUGAUUUAAAGUUCUUAUCUUAGUUGAAUAUCUCUCCUCUGCUCUCCUGCAGUUUUCUGACCUCCAGUAUAUUUUUGUGCCCUUUGCCAAAACAGGCUUUUAGACUGGAUGAUAUGGGGCAUGUACUGAUGUAUGGUACCCCUACACAUUAUUGUCUGAUUAGCCUGUAAUGUUUACAUUUUUAUAAUUGCCUGUGAAGGUCUAAAAGAGUACCAGUUGAUUUAUACUUACCUGGGUGAGUCCAUCCUCUGUAAAAGAGGGGGGGGGGGGGUGUUAAGAACCUAAAAGAAAGGAAUUAUGUGUGUUAUUAUGUGAAUAAUGUUCUAAUUUAAAAUAUGUUGGAUUUUACCUUUGCCCAUGUUCAAUUCUGAUUGUAUUUCUUUUGUGUAUUCUAAUUGUAACUUACCUGUUAUCAGACAUGGUAGAUUCAGGGGAGGGGCUAAGAGUAUAUAUACUUUCUAAAAGUAUCAGGUGGGAAAGGUAGUUUGCUCUAGUCCUAGAAGGUGUCUGACGCCCAGCUUUACCUUUUUGUGUGAGAAAUUUUGACUUUUAUGACUUUGCACUCAUUCAUAGUCUAUUCCUCUAAUUAGAGGCUUUUUGUUUUCUUUUUUUU